CGGGCCGGGGGCGUUCCGCGCACGUCCAGCCCCGCGGUCACCGGAGUCGUGUCGCUGCCGCCGGUUCCGGCUCUGAGCAAUUGAUUGCGGGGGAGCGCACCGCGUUUCGCCGGGGGGUGGCAGCCCGGUAGCGCCCGGCUUCGUUCUCCGCGCUGAGCGACGCGGGGCAGCGCGGGGGGCGUGGAGCAGCGGCACACGGUGCGUUACGGGCAUGGGAGGAGAUGAGUCAGCACCGCGCCGCGGGCCCGGAGCCUGCGGGUAAUAACCGUGCGGGAGAGCCACGGGGCGACCAACAUCCGCAGCCCGACCGCCUCGGGUUGAGCGGGACAUGGCGAGUCCCGCCCGCCCGCAACCCGGGCCGCCCGUGUCGGGCUGAGCAGCCGCUGCUGUGAGACCCCGACGGCUCUUCCCGACCACACGCAGGAGCAGAUAUCAGCGUGAGCUCCAGCUGCACCCACAGCACCUCUCCAUCCCCAGAGAGCCCAGCGCGAGCACCGCGGGAGGAACUUGGCUGCAUAAAGACCGUUCAUUCAGUGCCAGUGUCUAAUGGCACCGAAGUAAAUAGCCGAGCAUUGUUCCGGCAGUGUCAGAGCAGAGCGGGGCCAGCCUUCCUCAGAUGAAUUCCUCCUAAAUAGCGCCCGAGGGGGACGGGAGGGGACGGAAGAGGAGGGGGAGAGCCAGAGGGGAGAGCCAGGAAGACAGAGGAUAAGCAGUGUGUAGAAGAGGACGAAACUGCGAGCAGCUUCACGGCUACCUGUCAACACAUGCUGUGCUCCAUGGCUAACUCGGGCUGCCUCCUUGUCUCCAACUCAGGCAUGCUUCCUCACUCUCUCCCCUGUCCUCCAGCCUUCCUCUACCUCCAACAGGGUAACCAGGACGCCACGGCUCCGCCUGACGCGAUGGCACAGCCCUACCCCCCGGCCCAGUACCCCCCGCCCCCUCAGAACGGCAUCCCCGCAGAGUACGCGCCGCCACAUCCCCACCCCACGCAGGAUUACUCGGGGCAAAGCACAGUACCGGAGCACGCCAUGACCCUCUACACACCAGCACAGAGCCACGCCGAGCAGCCGGGCUCCGACGCCAGCACACAGUCCAUAGCAGGGACACAGACAGUACCGCAGACAGAUGAGGCGGCACAGACAGACAGCCAGCAGCUACAUUCCUCAGACAACACAGACAAGCAGCAGCCCAAGAGGUUACACGUCUCCAACAUCCCCUUCCGAUUCCGGGACCCUGACCUGCGGCAAAUGUUCGGGCAAUUCGGGAAGAUCCUCGAUGUGGAGAUCAUUUUCAAUGAGCGGGGCUCCAAGGGUUUUGGGUUUGUAACUUUUGAAACUAGCACAGAUGCCGACCGGGCACGAGAGAAGCUGAAUGGCACGAUCGUAGAGGGCCGGAAGAUUGAGGUGAACAACGCCACGGCCCGGGUGAUGACGAACAAGAAGACUGCAAACCCCUACACUAACGGCUGGAAGCUGAACCCAGUGGUGGGAGCUGUCUACGGCCCCGAGUUCUACGCAGUAACGGGGUUCCCAUACCCUGCCACGGGGACGGCUGUCGCCUACCGAGGGGCACAUCUACGGGGACGAGGACGCGCCGUCUACAACACGUUCCGGGCUGCACCCCCACCACCACCCAUCCCCACCUACGGCGCGGUUGUCUACCAGGACGGGUUCUACGGAGCAGAAAUUUACGGGGGCUAUGCUGCCUACAGAUACGCGCAGCCUGCGGCCGCAGCGGCAGCAUACAGCGACAGUUACGGCCGAGUGUACGCAGCCGCAGACCCCUACCACCACACCAUCGGCCCUGCCGCCACGUACAGCAUCGGCACCAUGGCUAGUCUAUACCGAGGAGGGUACAGCCGCUUCACUCCCUACUAGCAAGACAGACCCAGCCCCUCACAGCACUAACACUGACUGCUCACUAGAAACCAAACCAGGCAGACUAAGCAGAGGCAGAACCUCCCGGAGGAACCGAGCCCUGCCUGCGGGCUCUGCCCCGCGAUAGGUUCACCUCGAGCCACUCCGCCGCAGCCUCCAUCCCACCCAGCCCCGGGCAUUGCGCUGCUGGGGGGCGGCUGGGAGUGGGGGGCUAUGGGGCUGGGGGUGCUGCCCUGCUUGGGGGCGAGGGCUUGGCCCCGUAGGUGAGGCAGGGGUGGGGGUUGGUUGUGUUGGGUGCUGUGGGGCCGGGUUGGCGGCUCCCACGAAAGCUCUGCCUUUUUGUUUCUGUUGUAGUGAACACGCAGCCGUUUUCCUUCUGGGACCAGGAAGGGCAAAACAAAACACACACACACACACAUGCACACACGGUUCAAAAACUCAAAAAAAAA